CCGACUACACAAGAAGUUGGGGCAUUAAAACCCGGUUCACCUUACAAUUGGUUAAUUUAAACCACCCAUAAACCUCCACUUUGAAACUCAUCAGACGCAAAGCCAAACAGAGCUUUAAGAAGGAUGAAGAUACAGUGCGACGUGUGUGAAGCGGCGGAAGCAGAGGUGGUUUGCUGCGCCGACGAGGCGGCGCUGUGCGGCGGCUGCGACCUCAAAGUGCAUGCCGGGAACAAGCUGGCCACCAAGCAUCAACGUCUUCCGCUCUAUCCCUCCGCUAUGCCCAAGUGUGAUGUUUGCCAGGAGGCUCUCGGGUGGUUCUUUUGCUUGGAGGAUCGAGCCGUGCUGUGUAGGAAAUGUGACAUUGCCACACACAAAGGGAGCUGUAGCCAGUUCAGUCACCAGAGGCUCUUGCUCACUGGGAUCAGAGUAGGACUCGGGGCAAAGGUAACGCCUUUGCAUAUGGUCGACGUUUCAGAGGCCAAAGGCAACAAACAACAUGUGUCUGAAUGGUCAAGAAUACUUGAAUCAGUGCCAUUGCCAUCUCAACAGACGAGACAAUGAUGGACCUCAACCAGGUUCGGCACG